AUGAAUGUGACACCAGGUCUUGGUUCUUUUAAUAAAGACAAAGUGGCGAACAAAUUUGGGAUUCAGUUGAAGGGAAAAGACGGACCGAAACAAGCAGAUCAGUCCGUCGGAACGACAUUGGGCACAAAAAACAAAACUGUCAGUGAUUUUCGUUUUCAAAAUGACUCAAACGGCUUGAAAUCCAAUUCCAAUUCAACAACAUUACAAUCACGAAAGACUUCCUUAGAACCAACACCGAAAAGUCAAUCAAAUAUUGCCCUACUUUCAACAUCAACAUUUAACGAACGACGAAAUUCAUUCAAUUCGGAUGUAAAUCAUUCCACAACUCUCAAACCAGUGAAGCCAACUCCCUCAACAGAAUCUCUUUUAAAAUCUCCACCAAAGACUCGACGAACAAGUCAAACAUCAAUAUCACCCGAACCAUCUCCAAUUAGACGAACAAGUGUAACCAAUGUUAUUGAACAACCAAUCUCAAUAGUCAAACGACGAAGUAUCACGCCUAUCUCACCAGAACCAUCGCCAGUUCGACGAAUAAGUAUAACUAAACCUGCGGAACAACCUAUUCCAACAUCUUCAUCUCCAAAACAAAAUUCUCUUUCAAAAACCGAAGCAGAAAUUGAACAUCAAAAAGAUCAACCUUUAUACAAACGACAAUUAACGAAAACGUUAGAAAACUCAACUUCGACAUCGAACAAAACCAAACAUCCAUAUGAAUUACCCACAACAUCAUCAAGGUAA